AUGAAGCACAGGGUCAGCAUCAGCAGUCAGAGGGGUCAGCAGUCAGCCCUAGCAGCAUUCAGCCCUUCCUCAGGGGUCAGCAGUCAGCCCUUCCUCAGGGGUCAGCAGUCAGCCCUUCCUCAGGGGUCAUCAGUCAUUCCUCAGGCCAGUCAGCCCUUCCUCGGGGUCAGCAGUAGCCCUUCCUCAGGGGUCAGCCCUUCCUUCAGGGGUCAGCAGUCAGCCCUUCCUCAGGUCAGCAGUCAGCCCUUCCUCAGGGUCAGCAGUCUUCUCGGGGUCAUCAGUCAGCCCUUCCUCAGGGGUCAGCAGUCAGCCUUCCUCAGGGGUCAGCCCUUCCUCAGGGGUCAGCAGUCAGCCCUUCCUCAGGGGUCAGCAGUCAGCCCUUCCUCAGGGUCAGCAGUCAGCCCUUCCUCAGGGGUCCAGUCAGCCCUUCCUCUCAGCCCCUUCCUCAGGGGUCAGCAGUCAGCCCUUCCUCAGGGUCAUCAGUCAGCCCUUCCUCAGGGGCAUCAGUCAGCCCUUCCUCAGGGUCAGCAGUCAGCCCUCCUCAGGGUCAGCAGUCAGCCAGGUCCCAGCCUUCCUCAGGGCAGCAGUCAGCCCUCCUCAGGCAGGUCAGCAGUCAGCCCUCCUCAGGGGUCAGCAUUCAGCCUUCCUCGGGGGUCAGCAGUCAGCCCUUCCUCAGGGGUCAGGCCCUUCCUCAGGGUCAGCAUUCAGCCUUCCUCAGGGUCAGCAGUCAGCCCUUCCUCAGGGGUCAGCAGUCAGCCCUUCCUAGCAGGGUCAGCAGUCAGCCCUUCCUCAGGGUCAUCAGUCAGCCUUCCUCAGGGGUCAUCAGUCAGCCCUUCCUCAGGGGUCAUCAGUCAGCCCUUCCUCAGGGGUCAGCAGUCAGCCCUUCCUCGGGGGUCAGCAGUCAGUCCUUCCUCAGGGGUCAGCAGUCAGCCCAGGGUCAGCAGUUCAGGGGUCAUCAGUCAGCAGGGUCCAGUCAGGGGUCAUCAGCCAGCCCUUCCUCAGGUCAGCAGUCAGUCCUUAGGCAGCAGUCCUUCCUCGGGGGUCAGCAGUCAGGCCAUCCUCAGGGGUCAGCAGUCAGCCCUUCCUCGGGGGUCAGCAGUCAGCCCGUCCUUAGGGGUCAGCAGUCAGCCCUUCCUCAGAGGUCAGCAGUCAGCAGGGGUCAGCAGUCAGUCCUUCCUCGGGGGUCAGCAGUCAGGCCGUCCUCAGGGGUCAUCAGUCAGCCCUUCCUCAGGGGUCAGCAGUCAGCCCUCCCCCGUGUGCGCUGUCGAUGGGCCGUCAGAGAGCAAGGAGGAUGGAAGCCUCUAUAUGCUGAUUAUCUUGGUGUGA